UGAGGGGAAACCCACUGGGAUGGACAGGGAUGAGGGAAAACCCACUGGGAUGGACAGGGAUGAGGGAAAACCCACUGGGAUGGACAGGGAUGAGGGAAAACUCACUGGGAUGGACAGGGAUGAGGGAAAACCCACUGGGAUGGACAGGGAUUUGUUGUGGAAUUGAUGCCUGCACUGUUCAACCAGAGCACUUUCCUCACCACGCUCUCCCUGUCUCCUCCUCCUUUAAAAACAUUUCUUGUAUUUGCAUUUUUGGUCACCUAAUUUUGAUCAGUUUAAAUAUAUAAAUAAAUAGAUCAGUUAAAAAAAAUAAAUAAAUCCCUUCCUUAGGGAUUUAUUGUGCCGUUACAAUCAGCUCCUUGUCUUUAACUUCCUUACCUGAAUGUUGCUUUUUAUCCUUGGAAAAGCAGAACUUGCUUUCAUGGUGUUUAUAUCCAGGGAUAAAAUUCCUGUUUGGUUGUGGUUUUUUUGGUUUUUUUUUUUGGUUUUUUUUUUCUGUUUUAAGUACAUAGGCUCUAAAAAAUAUUGGAAUUAAGUUCGCAGGGAGCUGCCAGCUCCCCCAUCCUUUGACUUGGCGGAGGUUUGACCCUUUGGCUCUGCAUCCCGGGACGGUGGAGCCUUUCCACGGAGCAGGAAUUCCUGCAUGCUUUGUUCCCGCACAACAGAAUUCCUUGCCUUUGUUUUUGUUCCCUCUUAGCCUUUUUACCCACUCUUACCGCUCUCCCAUCCCUCCCAGAGCCGGGAAGUACCCGGCAGCAAUAUCGGGAUGUUGGACAGGUCCUUAAAAUUUCCUGGGAAUGCCGCACGUUCCCCGCAGGGCAGGACAGAGCGCGGGUGUCAAAAGAACCCCGAACCAAUGAGCGCGGUGCGGGUGGAGCCACCGACGUGCGGCCAAAAACUAAUUCUCAAUGAAAAAAAAACAACAAUAAUAACCAAACAAAACAAACCUCUCCUGCAAUCCCCGAGCCGAGCGGGGCUGCGCGAUUCCCGGAGCUCAUUCCUGAAAUUCUCAUUUCUCCCGGGAUGCUGGAGAGCGGAGCGUGAUGAAAUUUUCAUGAGCGGCCACGACAACACCGGGAGCAUCUUCCCAAGGUAAAAAAAAAAAAAAAAAAAAGAAAAAAGCGAUCAGAGCCGGGGUUUUGUGGCAGCGCUGCCGGAUCCUCCUCCCGCGGAUGCUGCUGCUGCUGCUCCGGGAGGGAUUCGCCUUCGGUGGAUGAUGCGCUCCCGCGGCCAGCGCUGAGCGCUCGCAGCUCGCCCAGAGCCGCGGCGAUGACGGCCAGGGAGCAUUCCCGGGAACUCGCCACUCCCGAGGCCGAGGUUUACAUCAGGACUUUCAAGGAGCAGAUGCACCUGGAGCUGGAGCUGCCCAAGCUUCCCGGGAACAGACCCACGUCGCCAAAGAUUUCUCCUCGCAGCUCGCCCAGGAACUCUCCCUGCUUUUUCAGAAAGUUGCUGGUGAAUAAAAGCAUCCGCCAGCGCCGUCGCUUCACGGUGGCACACACAUGCUUCGAUGUGGAGAACGGCCCGUCCCCGGGGCGCAGCCCACUGGACCCGCAGGCCAGCUCCUCGUCGGGACUCGUCCUGCACACCACAUUCCCGGGCCACAGCCAGCGCCGGGAAUCCUUCCUGUACAGAUCCGACAGCGACUAUGACCUCUCACCAAAGACCAUGUCCAGGAACUCGUCCCUGCCGAGUGAACAGCAUGGCGACGACCUGAUUGUCACACCUUUUGCCCAGGUGCUGGCCAGCCUAAGAAGCGUGAGGAACAACUUCACGCUUCUCACCAAUUUACACGGCGCCUCCAACAAGAGAUCUCCAGCCACGAGUCAGCCACCUGUGUCCAGAGUGAACCUGCAAGAGGAGCCCUACCAGAAGCUGGCCAUGGAGACGCUGGAGGAGCUCGACUGGUGCCUGGAUCAGCUGGAGACCAUCCAAACCUACCGCUCCGUCAGCGAGAUGGCAUCCAACAAGUUCAAGAGGAUGCUGAACCGGGAGCUCACCCACCUGUCCGAGAUGAGCCGCUCCGGCAACCAAGUGUCCGAGUACAUUUCCAACACUUUCCUGGACAAGCAGAACGAUGUGGAAAUUCCUUCUCCCACCCAGAAGGACAGGGAGAAGAAGAAAAAACAGCAGCUCAUGACACAGAUCAGCGGGGUGAAGAAAUUAAUGCACAGCUCCAGCUUAAACAACACCAGCAUCUCACGGUUUGGGGUGAAGACAGAAAAGGAAGAUCACCUGGCCAAGGAACUGGAAGACCUCAACAAGUGGGGCCUCAACAUCUUCAACGUGGCCAGGUAUUCCCACAACCGCCCGCUCACCUGCAUCAUGUACGCCAUAUUCCAGGAGCGGGAUCUGCUGAAAACCUUCAAGAUCUCGUCGGACACGUUCGUGACGUACAUGAUGACCCUGGAGGACCACUACCACUCAGAUGUGGCUUACCACAACAGCCUGCACGCUGCUGACGUGGCCCAGUCCACCCAUGUGCUGCUCUCCACCCCUGCCCUGGAUGCUGUGUUCACGGAUCUGGAAAUCCUCGCUGCCAUUUUUGCAGCUGCAAUCCAUGAUGUGGAUCACCCCGGGGUCUCCAAUCAAUUCCUGAUCAACACCAACUCCGAGCUGGCCCUGAUGUACAACGACGAGUCCGUGCUGGAGAACCAUCACCUGGCCGUGGGCUUCAAGCUGCUGCAGGAGGAGCACUGUGACAUCUUCCAGAACCUGACCAAGAAGCAGCGCCAGACCCUCAGGAAGAUGGUGAUUGACAUGGUGUUGGCCACUGAUAUGUCCAAGCACAUGAGCCUGUUGGCUGAUCUGAAGACUAUGGUGGAAACUAAGAAGGUGACCAGCUCAGGAGUUCUCCUUCUGGACAACUAUACGGACAGAAUACAGGUUCUCCGGAACAUGGUGCACUGUGCAGACCUGAGUAACCCCACCAAAUCUCUGGAGCUGUACCGGCAGUGGACGGACAGGAUCAUGGAGGAGUUCUUCCAGCAGGGAGACAAGGAGAGGGAGAGAGGCAUGGAAAUCAGCCCCAUGUGUGACAAACACACAGCCUCCGUGGAAAAAUCCCAGGUGGGAUUCAUUGACUACAUCGUCCACCCACUCUGGGAGACAUGGGCAGACCUGGUGCAGCCCGAUGCCCAGGACAUCCUGGACACUCUGGAGGACAACAGGAACUGGUACCAGAGCAUGAUACCUCAGAGCCCAUCCCCUCCUCUGGAGGAGCGGGGCCAGGACUGCCAGGGUCUGAUGGAGAAGUUCCAGUUCGAGCUGACGCUGGAGGAGGAGGAUUCGGACGGGCCCGAGAAGGACGGCGAGAGCCUCGGCUACUUCAGCAAUACAGAGACACUCUGCAUGGCCCAGCCAGGGCAGGAGGAGCCCCAGAGGGAGGCCACCAUCGAGAUUGUGACAGAAGACACAUCUCCUGUGGACACAUAAUGGCCCGGCCCCUCUGGAGUGGCUUUUAAGCACUUGCGGAGCGUUCUCUGCAAAGCCGGGGCUGAGGCUCUGCCUCGGGGCUGACAGAUCCUCCAGCUACCUGAGAUUGGAGCCAGGGUCACGGACGGGGAGGGAACGAUUGCUCAGGAAAUGCACGGGUGAUGUGGUUUGAGCCGAGAGCACCGCCUGGUCCUGGAGCUGGCUUGGGUCGGGCCCCAGGCGGCGCUGACACACAACUGAGAGAUUUUAUACUGUUAGUUUUGGAGUUUAUACCAGUUAGACUGAUAGAAACUACUGAUCAGUAACUCAUAUCCAACCUGUCCACCUGUCUGCAGACCUGUGUGCCUUCUUUGUAAACACUUUCAUGUCCUUUCAAGAGUCUCUUAAUCCAACACACGGAGUUUGGUAGUUCAAAAAGCGACACAAGGUGUUUCGGAAUUUGACGGCUACUUUUUGGAUUCUUCCUGUUACCAGAAGCAGUCUUCCUUUUUUUUCAUAGGCAAUACCUGUCACUUUAUUGCAGUUAAUCACUUUGACAGACUAAACAGAAGGGGAAACCCUCUGCUUUGCAUUGCUGCACCUUCAGUGUGUUCUCAGUUUCCCCCGGUGACCCGUCGGGAGUCGCUCGGUGCCGUCGUGCACCGUUCCCUCGCUGGGAACAGCGGGAUUUUCUUUCCUCCCUGGGGUUUGGGUUUGUGGUGAGCAGGACAGAGGGCAGUUUUUUUGGGUUUGUUGUUUUGUUUUGUUUUGUUUUGUUUUUUUCCCCCUGGCACAGCUCAGGCCAUCCCUGAGUAAGCGUGGCAAGGCAGCGUGUGGCACGCCUUCCCCCUCGGCAGCUCCCUGGAAUUUGCACGCUCGGAUAUUUGUGUUUCUCUGGCCUCGCGUCCACGUUCCCUAGGUUUAGGUCCACCAUCCUCCUCCUCCUCCUGCACUGCCUCGAGCUCUACCACCUCCAUUACUGUUUAUAACAGUGUAUUUAUUACCUACUGUACAUACUGUAAUGUUUUGUAAGUUAUUAAUUUAUAUGAAUUAGCAUCGCCUGUCGGCGGCGAUGUUAAUGGGGUAGAAAACUCGGAAUAAGAGUUGCCUUUUUUUCUUGUAACCUUUUGUAUUGCAUAAAGUCCCAAAACCUGAACAUAGCUGAAGAGACAGACACAACCCAGGAAGGGCAUUCAGGUGGCAGCCGCCCGUGGGGAGGGGACACUGCAUCCCAGGGCAGCAAAUUUGGGAAUUUGCCAGGAACGCAGAGAGGGGGGAACAGAACAAAGAGCUCCCCACACCCGGGCUGGCAUUUCAAUGUCACAAUGUUCCAAUUUCUGAACAACCCAAUGUGAAUUUCUAUGACAAAAAAAAAAAAAAAAAAAGAAAAAAAAAGAAAAAAAAAGUGAACUGAUGUAAUAAUUGUGCUGUGAAACUUCCUCUGACAAAGCUUGUCCGGCAUCGUGAGCGGUGUCAAUCUCAGUUUGUAAAAUAUGUUUCAAGCUUUUUGGUCCAACUCGUGACUAAUUAGUUCAUGACAAUAGCACAGUUGUGCAUGAUCAAUGGGUUUGUUUGUCUGUUGAACACUGCAUUGUUCCAGGUGGUUAUUUUAUUGUUCCCCAAAGUUUCACACUAUGUAUGUUAUAGUAUUCUAUAUUGUGUUCAGACGCAUUCUUAAGAGAUUUUUAUAUGAAGUGAAUAAAUGAAAGCAUGGCCCAGC